UAGUGUUGGAAUUUAUUUAUUUGAGUUUUUCCGUAAACAUUUGAAUAUAACAUUCAGCUAUACAAUUUUUCUUAUAACAAACUUCAAGGGACACUAUCGAUUCUUUUCAGUUUACACGAUAUUUGUUGUAUACAAAAAAGUAUAAUGGAAAAUACCCAAAAUACUGUGUGCAAUAGUGCCGGUGGUGAUGGUGCCAAAAGAGUUACUGAGCUACCUUUGAAUACGGAAAUGGCAGUCCCUGCUCAAAUGCAUCCAAAUCAAACGACAGAAGUACCGGAAAUAUGUCCAAGACUGGCGGGGGGCGACAAUUCACAAAUUCAAAGCGAAAAGAACGAUAAAGCGAGCAUCGAUGCCACCCCGUCGUGCAAUGGCAAUGCCACGAAUGAAGUCGUGAAAUUAAAAGCAGCGUUUGAAGCAUGCUUAGCCGAAAGGGACGCUUUCCGUAAAAAGCUCGAGGAGGCCGAAUCGAAGUUAUCAGCUCUUCAUCAAGCGACUAAUAAGCAAAACGACUCGGGCGAUCUGAACUUCGAGUUAGACAAAUUGAAAUUGAACUUGGAAAAUACGAAAAUUGCCCUCGAGGAUCGCGAGCGACGCGUCGCCAAUCAAGAGAGCCAAAUAUCCGCCCUAACCAAGCAAGUGAGCUCGCUUAAGGAAGUCGUGGCCAUUACCAAGGACAUGCUGAACAUACGCAACACGGAGAUGAAGAAUCUCCAGGAGAACGUGGAUAAAAUGGAGACGAAAAUUUCCGAGGAACGCGAGCGUCACAACAGCAUGCUCAACAAAAUGAACACGGCCGUGCAAUUGAACGCCGAUCUAAAAAAAGAAUACCAGACGCAGCUGAGACUGUUUCAAGAUUUGCGAGGCAAGUACGAGGAAAAAGUCGAGCUUCUGAGCGAAGAAAACAAGGCUUUGGAAACAGCGGUGCAAGCUCAGCCGGCCCAAUGACUGGUGUACAGGCUGUACAAAUCAGCCAAAAAAGAUCCUUAACCCAACGAGCCUCGAUGAUUGUCUGAAUUUGUAUGUGCCUCUAUUAUGACAGUUGUGCGCAGAUACUUGCGCCAAUAUAAAUUUUAUCUUUACCAGUGAGCGUGAUUCGAUAUUUUCCACAAUUUUUAUAAUUUCGUUUCCACUACAAUAACGCCACGAACUUCUACCUAUGUCACCUUAUCGUUCAAUACGACGGAGCAGUCAAAAACUUUCACAAGCUCAUUAGAGUAAUCUUGAACUCUUGAAUUUAUCGCUGUAAACUCACCAGCGGUUUGAGAUGAAUUUAUUUAUUAAUCUAUUGAUUGGUAGCUAUACUUGAUACCGUUUUGAAUUAUUCUCAAGUAAAAAUCUUUUCUAGUUAAAUAUAUGUUAUUGUUCAUAUCAUUCGUUUUUUCUGUAUUUUUGAGUUUUUUAUCUUAUUCUAACAAUAUUGAUAUACUAUUAAUGUAUUUAUUGAUACAGAUUUUCGAUAUAUUAUAGGAUAAAGAUUUUAGUAAACAGAACUAAAAUAAUGAAAAUGAUUCUGUGAACAUUUUAUCUCGAGCAAAAACUGAAGCACAUAACGAAAAAUGUUUCAUGGACGUUUCAGCUUUUAUUUUCAAUAACUUAUAUAUUUUAA